AUGGGUAAUUCCAGUUCGAAGUCAACGAAAAGGAAACAAUCACUAUCAUCAUCUUCGUCAUCAUCAUCUCCAGGACCUAAUAAAUUAGAUCAUAAGAGUAAUGAUACUGCUCACUCUAUCAAAUCGUCCAAAUCAGCAAGUUCGAGGCGAUCGUCGUCUGCAAUCAAAUCAAAUAAAAAUGAAAAAACAAUAAAUUCUGUUUCAGGCCCUCCUGAGUACGUCAAUGUUCUCAAUCAGAAACAACGUCCUCUGAGGCCUAAUGGUUCUCAUGCUCGUUCUCAUUCUCAUUCUUAUUCUCAAUCACCAGCACAAGCAAAUUCGGCUUCAGUGGCAGGAACACCGAAGUUGAAACCUUCUUCAAGGUCGAUGGAAAACAUCCACGACGCAACAACAGGUUCUCUUACUUCACAUAAUGCAACUAAAAAGGAUCGCAGCCCGAGUCCCUCUUCAGCUAAAAAAAAUAGCAUGCAUCUAUUCCCUCAAACUCAUGGACAUCGUCGUUCUUCAUCUCAUCAUUCUCAAAGUGAAUUAAUGGGUCAGCAACAAGAUAAUAAUAAUGCAGGUCUCAACUUGUCUAGACAAUCCACAAACAAUAAUAAUAACAAUAAUAAUAGUGAAGCGACAACGAAUCCAUUUUUACAUCCACUUUUGAAUUCAAGUAGAAGACGCUCAUCUUCAAGAAGAUUAAGUAAUAAUACAGGCGCAGAUUUACCACCAUCGAUGAUACAAAUGGAACCUAAAUCCCCCAUUCUUAAAAAUAGUAAAUAUACUACGUCAUCAAAUUCCUUCCAAUAUUAUGAAAAUGCGUUAACUGAUGAUGAUAAUGAUAACGAUAAUGACACAGAUAUGUUUUCAGAUGCUACAAAGACAAAUCAUCAAAAUUUAAUUAGACACAAGACAUCUUCAAGACCUUCCAGUAUAAGAAGUGGUUCAUCAUCAAGACCGCGUAGAAAAUCAAGCAAUAAUAACAUCAAUAUAUCGGCAACUGCCACAGGUGGUUCUCCAAACAUGGAUAAUUUAAAUUUACCCAAUCAAGAUCAUACAAGUCAACAUUCAUUAUCAUUAUCACGUUCCAAUUCAUUCGCUUCAUCUUUACAUAGUAGGAAAUCAUCAAUGGGAUCCAGUAAUAAUACGACGGCAUAUAGUACACCAUUAAAUUCUCCAGGUCUACUAAGAACAAAUGAUACAUUGACUCAAGAUGAUUAUUUUGGUACUACUGCAGUCCCUACGGCAAAUUCUAACGAUAAUGCAAACCUUCAAACUGAUGAUACAACACACAUAGAUUCUGUUAGUAUAAACCCUGCUAAUGAUAAUAACAAUAAUGUGGAUGGUUAUACUUCUGUAAACGAUGGUAAUAAUAGUAUGGAUCGUCGCGAUUCCAUCUCAAAAUCAAGAUAUCCUGCAUCACAUUCCAAUAUGGAUAAUUUUCCAACACAUGAUUAUAUUAAUAACAACAUGGAAAAUAACAAUACAAUGACACAAGAAUUACAAACAGAUAGUAAUAUUAAUCUCCCGUUAAAUGAUGGCCAACUCCCUCUAAAGAAGAAAAAACCUAUUAAACCAAUUGAUAUAGAUGAAACGAUUCAAAAAUUAUUAGAUGCAGGUUACGCAGCAAAGAGAACGAAAAAUGUCUGUUUAAAAAAUUCAGAAAUUUUACAAAUUUGUCAAGCAUCAAGAGAAAUUUUCCUUUCACAACCAUCUCUUUUAGAAUUAUCACCACCUGUGAAAAUCGUAGGCGAUGUGCAUGGUCAAUAUGGUGAUCUCUUAAGACUUUUCACUAAAUGUGGAUUCCCACCUUCAGCAAAUUAUUUAUUUUUAGGUGAUUACGUGGAUCGUGGUAAACAAUCCCUUGAGACCAUUUUGUUAUUAUUAUGUUACAAGAUUAAAUAUCCUGAAAAUUUCUUCUUAUUGAGAGGUAAUCAUGAAUGUGCCAAUGUGACAAGGGUUUACGGGUUUUACGAUGAAUGUAAACGUCGUUGUAAUAUCAAAACAUGGAAAACUUUCAUUGAUACAUUCAACACCUUACCCUUAGCGGCCAUCGUCGCUGGUAAGAUUUUUUGCGUUCAUGGUGGGUUAUCACCUGUUUUGAAUUCUAUGGAUGAAAUCAGGCAUGUAAGUAGACCUACAGAUGUGCCUGAUUUUGGUUUAAUUAAUGAUUUAUUAUGGUCAGACCCGACAGAUUCACCCAAUGAAUGGGAAGAUAAUGAAAGAGGUGUUAGUUACUGUUAUAAUAAAGUUGCAAUUAAUAAAUUUUUAAAUAAAUUUGGGUUUGAUCUUGUUUGUAGAGCUCAUAUGGUCGUCGAAGAUGGUUAUGAAUUUUUCAAUGAUCGAAGUUUGGUUACUGUGUUUUCUGCUCCAAACUAUUGUGGUGAAUUCGAUAAUUGGGGAGCGGUUAUGAGUGUCAGUGAAGGUUUAUUAUGUUCAUUUGAAUUAUUAGAUCCAUUGGAUAGUGCAGCGUUGAAACAAGUUAUGAAAAAGGGUAGACAAGAAAGAAAAUUAGCCAAUCAACAACAAUAUCAAGUUGAAGAGUGA